GGCCGCCGGUCGGAAGCGCCAGCUCUGAGUAGGGGGGAGCGGUCGCAGAGGCUGCUCGGCUCCGCCGCCCGCCAGGCCGUUGGCUCCCUCUCCGGGCUCGGGCCGCCGGCUGUGUAAGUGCGAGAGUCUUCAAGAUGAGUGUCCCUGACUACAUGCAGUGUGCUGAGGACCACCAGACUCUCCUCGUGGUGGUGCAGCCUGUGGGCAUCGUCUCCGAAGAGAACUUCUUCAAGAUCUACAAGAGGAUCUCCUCCGUGAGCCAGAUCAGCGUGCGGGACUCCCAGCGGGUGCUCUGUAUCCGCUACAGGCACCACUACCCACCCGAGAACAACGAGUGGGGCGACUUCCAGACCCACCGCAAAGUCGUGGGCCUCAUCACCAUCACGGACUGCUUCUCCGCCAAGGACUGGCCGCAGACUUUCGAGAAGUUCCACGUGCAGAAGGAGAUCUAUGGCUCCACGCUCUACGACUCCCGGCUCUUCGUCUUUGGGCUGCAGGGAGAGACCACCGAGCAGCCGCGCACUGACGUGGCCUUCUACCCCAACUACGAGGACUGCCAGACGGUGGAGAAGAGGAUCGAGGACUUCAUCGAAUCGCUCUUCAUUGUGCUCGAGUCCAAGCGUCUGGACAGGGCCACUGACAAGUCCGGGGAUAAGAUCCCCCUUCUCUGUGUCCCGUUUGAGAAGAAGGACUUUGUAGGACUGGACACAGACAGUAGACAUUACAAGAAGCGGUGCCAAGGGCGCAUGCGCAAGCACGUGGGGGAUUUAUGUCUCCAGGCGGGGAUGCUGCAGGACUCCUUGGUACAUUACCACAUGUCUGUGGAGCUUCUCCGCUCGGUGAAUGACUUCCUGUGGCUUGGAGCUGCCCUUGAAGGGUUAUGUUCGGCUUCUGUCAUCUAUCACUAUCCUGGUGGAACUGGGGGUAAGACUGGAGCUCGAAGGUUCCAGAGUAGCUCACUUCCUGCCGAAGCAGCCAACAGACAUCGACCAGGGGCACAAGAAGUUCUCAUUGAUCCAGGUGCCCUCACGACCAAUGGCAUAAAUCCUGACACCAGUGCUGAAAUCGGACGUGCUAAGAACUGUCUUAGUCCCGAGGACAUAAUUGACAAGUAUAAGGAGGCCAUUUCCUAUUACAGCAAGCUUUCUGAAGAAGAGAAAAUCCAGCGGUAUAGCAUCCUCUCUGAGCUCUACGAGCUGAUUGGCUUCCAUCGAAAGUCUGCGUUCUUCAAGCGCGUGGCCGCUAUGCAGUGCGUGGCCCCGAGCAUCUCGGAGCCAGGGUGGAGGGCCUGUUACAAGCUCCUCCUGGAGACGCUUCCUGGCUACAGUCUGUCGCUGGACCCCGAGGACUUCAGCAAAGGUACGCACCGAGGCUGGGCUGCAGUCCAGAUGCGCUUGCUUCACGAACUGGUCUACGCGUCCCGAAGAAUGGGGAAUCCUGCUCUUUCUGUCAGGCACUUGUCCUUCCUGUUGCAGACCAUGCUGGACUUUUUGUCAGAUCAAGAAAAGAAAGAUGUGACUCAGAGUCUAGAGAACUACACAUGCAAAUGUCCUGGGACAAUGGAGCUCCUCACUCUCCCAGGCGGCCCCACCCUGCCUCCAGUGCCCUUCACCAAACUUCCCAUUGUCAGGCGUGUGAAGCUGUUGAACCUUCCUGCCAGCCUCCGGCCACAGAAAAUGAAGAGCUUGCUGGGUCAGAACAUGUCGACCAAGAGCCCGUUCAUCUACUCACCAAUUAUUGCGCACAACCGUGGAGAAGAGCGGAACAAGAAAAUAGAUUUCCAGUGGGUUCAAGGAGAUGUGUGUGAAGUUCAGCUGAUGGUAUACAACCCAAUGCCAUUUGAACUCCGAGUUGAAAACAUGGGGCUCCUCACCAGCGGAGUGGAGUUCGAGUCUCUCCCUGCGGCGCUCUCCCUUCCCGCUGAAUCUGGUCUUUACCCAGUGACUCUUGUUGGGGUCCCACAGACGACUGGAACGAUUACUGUGAAUGGUUACCAUACCACGGUCUUUGGCGUCUUUAGUGACUGUUUGCUGGAUAACCUCCCGGGAGUGAAGACCAGCGGCUCCACGGUGGAAGUCAUUCCUGCCCUGCCCAGACUGCAAAUCAGCACGUCCCUGCCCAGGUCUGCACACUCACUGCAACCUUCUUCUGGUGAUGAGACAUCUACUAAUGUGUCGGUCCAGCUUUACAACGGGGAGACUCAGCAGCUUGUCAUUAAGCUGGAGAACAUUGGGAUGGAACCGUUGGAGAAACUAGAAGUCACCUCCAAAAUUCUCACCACCAAAGAUUCUGAUGAAAGUGUGCGGGAGGGACCUGAAGCGUGUAUCUGCCUGUCCUACCUGCCUGUCACCGUGUUUGCCUCUCCCCGUAGGGAAAUGCUGCCUAAGUUCAGGUUCUGGCUGUCACUUCCUCAUUGUGUGUUACCUUGGGCAAGUUAUUUAACCUCUCCCGGACUUUUCUUCUUCUGUAAAAUAACACUAAUAACAGCAAUUUCAUCAGAGGGUUGUUACGAGAAUUAAAUAAGAUGAUGUAUGUAAAGUGCUUGGAACAGUGCUUGCUG